AGAACGAAAGGAGAAAAGGGCAUUGACUGGUGUGUAAAUGAAGGUUUACUUAGUAGCCAUUAUAAGUGUCCUGUAUGUAGGAAGGAUAUGCGUCUAGUCGAAUGUAAAAACCGUUUAGAUGGAUUUGUAGGAAGAUAGGUUCAGAUGUGGCGACGCCAAUACACGGAUUCAAGUUCAGAUAAUUUUAGGAAGUUUUUGGAUGCUGUUAAGGAAUUUUGUGUGCCACAAACUAAAGAUGAAGGAACUUGUAAAUAGGGUCUUAAGACAUGAAGAGUUUGAGGAAGGCUGUAAAGCAAGUUGUAAUGGACCAUAUGAUGGUAAAUGGAGUAAAACUAUGAUUGGAUAUGGACCAGAAGAUAACCAUUUUGUUGCCGAAUUGACCUAUAAUUAUGGUAUUAAAUCUUAUAAAUUAGGGAAUGAUUUUAUGGGAAUUACACUGAAGUCAGAUAGUAUUAUUGAUAAAGCUAAAAAGCAUGAUUGGCCUGUAAAGGAAGAAAAUGAUUUGAAAUUUGUGGAAGCACCAGGUGGAUAUAGAUAUUUUAUAGUUGAUGAAGUUCAACUGGAUGAUUCAGAUCCUGUUAAGAAAGUUACUCUUGCUUGUUCUAAUUUGCAGAAGUCAACAGAAUUUUGGUGUGAUAUUCUUAAUAUGAAAAAGUAUGGUGAAGAAGAUAAUUCUGUGAUUUUAGGAUAUUCUGAAGAACAGUGCAAACUUGAAUUAAGAGAGAUUGGAAAACCAGUCAAUCAUGAGCAGGCAUUUGGAAGAAUAGCAUUCUCUUGUCCAACAGAUGAGUUAGCAGGUAUCCAAGAGCAGGUGAAAACAGCUGGCUGUAAAAUCUUAACACCUCUAAUUAGUUUAGACACUCCUGGGAAAGCAACAGUUCAUGUUGUUAUCUUAGCAGAUCCUGAUGGGCACGAAAUAUGUUUUGUUGGUGAUGAAGCCUUCAGAGAAUUAUCUAAAGUUGAUCCAAAAGCUGAAGGAUUAUUAAAUGAUGCUAUUGCUGCAGAUAAAAGUGAUGAAUGGUUUGCCAAGAAAGGAAAAUCAAAAGUGGAAAUGUGAUCGAAUACCUAUGGAUUUGCAGUAAUUUGAAUUUUGCAACACAUUUCAUUCUGUUUAUUGUUCUUCAUAUAUUCUGUAAAUUUUGUAUUCUUCUUGGUAUUCAACAACUGUAUUUUUACUAAUAAAAUUAUUUUUCAUUAA